AGCUGUGACCCUCCUCAUUGACAAGUUGGUGCAGUUGCUUGUUCAAGAAGCAAAACUGCUUAACGGUGUCCACAGGGAGGUUGUGGGUAUUAGUGACGAACUGGAGAGCAUCAAGUGUUUCAUGAAAGAUGUCGAUGCACGGGCCAAGAAAGGAGGAGACCUCCAAGAUGGCAUGAAAGUGUGGGUGAAGCAAGUGAGGGAGGCAGCCUUUCAUAUUGAAGAUGUUCUAGACGAAUACAUUCUUCAUGUAGCACAGCAUCAUCAUCAGCAUGGCUUCGUUGCUUUCCUCCACAAAAUUGGUUGGUUGCUGAAAAAACUAAAACCACAAUAUAGCCAUCAAGAUUCAAGAUAUCAAAACAUCAGUCCGUAA